GGGGAACCAAAGAGAGGAUGCUCAGAGGUCUGCACACUGGGAGAGGGAGCACAUCACAGACUGUUCAGAGGGGUUUGAAAAGAAACUUGAAGUUGUUAGUAUGUGUAGAAACACAUCUUGAGAAGUGAACACAGAAAUGAAAAUGCUGCUGCAGCUGCUCAGCGCUGCUGCUCUUCUCGCUUGCGCUCAUUGCCAGUGUCCGCAGGGCUGGAGGGAGAAUGAAGAUAGAUGUUACUUCUUUUCAACUGAUGUAAAGACAUGGAUGGAGGCUAACGCCUUUUGUAUCACUCAGAACAGCAACCUGAUGAGUGUCCAGGACAUUCAUGAGAGGCUGUGGGUGAGGACACAGAUCGGCACAGAGAUCUUCUGGUUCGGCCUGAAUGACCAGGUCUCAGAAAACGUGUUUGAGUGGAGCGAUGGGAGCACCUUCAUACCAUACUUAUCAUACUGGAUGGACGGGCAGCCUGAUAACUGGGGCGAUGAGCCCGGAGAGGACUGUGGUCAGGUGACCGGGGAGAGCUACGGCCAGUGGAACGACGAGAACUGCAACAUCAAGAGGAAAUAUAUCUGCAAGCACGUCAACCCGAAUCCUGGCCCGCAGUGUGACUUAGCAAAUGGCUGGAGACAGUACGGCUCCAACUGCUACAAGCUGAAGGCUGAAACCAGGAAGAGCUGGUCUGAGGCCAGGGGGGACUGCGUUCAGGAGGGGGGGGACCUGGUGUCCAUCAUCAGUGCAGAGGAGGAGCAGUACAUCACAGGAACUCUGGACCCCUCGUGGGCUGACCUCUGGAUCGGGCUCUCCACACUGAAAUGCACCAAGAUUUCCUGUCAGGUUGAAGCCGGGAACAGUCAGUACGCCUGGUCUGAUGCUCUCCCAGUGGGGUACACAAACUGGGGCGAUGAUCAACCUUCAGGGGAUUUACAGGCCGGCUUGUGUUCUGCAAUCAUUAAAGAAGCAUCCGACGAGUUUGGGAAGUGGAGAGCCCAUGUGUGCAGAUACGAGCGUCCCUACAUGUGUAAACGACCACUGAACACUAUCUGCCCCCCUGGCUGGCAGAGUUUCGCCGGCAGUUGUUACUGGAUGGUCAGUAAUGUCAAUCUGUUGACCACCUGGCACGACGCCGUCACCAAGUGCUCCGAUCUGGGGGCCCACCUGCUCAUUAUUAACAAUCAAGAUGAACAGUUCUACAUAAAUGGGAAACUCCCAGACUUUCACCAAGUGGAGAUCCCUGACCUAUGGAUCGGUUUAUCAGAUAAGGACCAGGAUGGGGAUUUUAAAUGGGUGGAUAAAUCCCCGAUUACUUUUUCCAACUAUCUCCCUGGUUGGCCCAAAAACACUGUUGGCACCUGGGACUGUGGACAGAUCUUCACAGGAAAUUACGAGGGCAAAUGGGAAACAACUAACUGCUUCAAGAGCCUGGGUUACAUUUGUGAGAUGACGGGUGGACAGAAUCCAAAACCAACUUCAGCUCCUGAUUCCCACUGUGACGCUGGGUAUUUGUUGUAUGAGGAUUUCUGCUAUCAGUUUGAGACUGAGCAGGUGAAGAACUGGCACGACGCCGAGGCUCACUGCAGCGGAGAGCAGAGUCACCUGGUCAGCUUCCACUCCCUGGAGGAGCUGAGCUUCAUCACUGCUCACAUGCCAGGGGAAGCCUGGGUGGGGUUGAAUGAUAUAAACAACGAGAACCAGUUUGUGUGGAUUGAUGGAACUGCUGCCAACCUCCUCCCGUGGGCGCCCAACCAGCCGGACGACUGGCAGAACAACGAGGACUGUGUGAACCUCCGAGGGAUGAACCACCACGAACCGGGGUUACUCAACGACGAUUUCUGCACCGCCACCAAGGAAUUCAUCUGCAAAAAAGCUAAAGGACAAGGCCCUCCUCCCCAGCCCCCGACAUCUGGACCAGGAUGGAAUACGAAAUGUGGAUCCUGGAUGUCCGACCCCUUUAAUGAUUACUGCUACCUGUUCAACUACCUGUCCAUCAGGACGUGGGCGGAGGCUCGGGCCGACUGUGUGAACCAGGGGGGGGACCUGGUCAGCAUCACAGACCCUUUCGAGCAGGCCUUCAUUCAAGGUGUGAUCCAGGUGAGUCCCAUUGGGAUCUCUCUGUGGAUGGGCGGCCACGACUCGGUCACUGAGGGCGGCUGGGAGUGGAUGGAUGGAGCUCCCUUCAGAUACAUCCGCUGGAGCGCAGGUAACCCUGACGACUAUUACGGUGAAGACUGCCUUUCUAUCCUCAUUAACAACGGCUACUGGAACGACGACAACUGUGACAGCAAAAGAGGAUAUAUCUGCAAACGCAGAGGGAACACACCUGAGCCUCCUCCUCCUCAUGAUGGCUUCAUGACGGCUCUGGUGUGCCAGGACUCCUCCGCUGUCCUCCACUGUCCGACUGAAAGUGUGAUUAACAUCCAGUCUGCCUUCUAUGGACGAAAGAGUGCCGACAUCUGUCCACAUCUGGAGGGAUCAGGAGGAAGCUGCACAGUGGAUGGUAUCCUCCCUUACUUUAGGAAGAGGUGUGACAACCAUCCCUUCUGCUUUCUGUACGCCCAUACCGAGGAGGACCCCUGCCCGACCGUUUCCAAAUACCUUGAGAUCGUCUACAGCUGUGAACAAAAAGUGUGUCUGCACGGCCUGGGUGUGGAGGACGGGAACAUCACGGACUCCCAGCUCUCUGCUUCCUCCUCCAUCGGUUUCUACACCCCCAACAAGGCCCGCUUGAAUGGAAACUCCUGCUGGAUGCCUUCAGGAACCUCAACCUCAAGCUGGAUCCAGGCAAAUCUGGGCCAAACUAGAAAAGUGACAGGAGUAGUAAUCCAGGGUUGUCCUCAAAAUGAACACUGGAUCACCAAGUUUAAGAUCCAGCACAGCAUGGACGGAACAAUCUGGACUGACUACACUGCGGACGGGCAGUCUUUCCCAGGAUCGACGGACAAAAACAGUCCUGUCACUCAGCUGCUGGGGACCCCUGUGACGACUCAGUACAUCCGCGUCCUCCUGCUGGAGUUCAACGGGCAGGCCGGCCUGCGCUUCGACGUCUUAGGAUGCACCCCCGACUAUGCAGUCAGCUGCGCCAGUAGGCCCAACUUCAACUUUGCCAACGAUAAAAUGACUGUCAGUUGUCCAGCGCGCUGUUCCAACACUUACCACAGAGUGUACGGCACUUCAGUAUAUCGUGGGGACUCCAACAUCUGUGCUGCUGCUAUCCAUGUUGGAGUGGUGUUGAAUGAGAAUGGAGGGGACUGCACUCUGCUGAAAGCUCCAGGACAAAACUUCUACGCCGGCUCCACCCGGAACGGCAUCACCUCUCUACAAUACGAUGGGAACUACGCUGUGUCAUACACUUUUGCAGAUGGGGAGCUGAGGUGUUCAGGGCCCGACUGGUAUGAGUUUGGAGAUUUCUGCUACAAACCGUUUGAAGACAAAAAGACUUGGCACGAUGCCCAGAGGACUUGCAGGGCGAUGGGUGCUGAACUCGUUUCCAUCCUCUCCAUGACGGAGCAGAGCUGGCUGGAAAGCUACCUGUACAUGGCCACCAGUGACGUGUGGACGGGUCUGACUGACCUGGUUGUGCCCGGGAUGUUCACCUGGUCUGACGAACACAUGGUGACCUUCACUUACUGGGCCCCGGGGGAGCCCAACACCCACGACGGGUUCCAUGAGGACUGUGUGGAGAUGUUAUACCAGACCGGACGAUGGAAUGACGUGUCCUGCGCCGAGCUCAAUACCUACAUAUGCAAAACGCCCAAAGCACACUACCCACUGCCCUCUGUGAAACCCACUGUGUACGGAUGCCCUCAGGGCUGGGAUUCGUACGGCUACGCCUGCUACUGGAUGGAGGAGACGGGCAGGACCUGGGCGGAGGCCAAGGCUUUCUGUGAGGAGCAGGACAGCUUCGUGCUGCACAUCGGAGACAUUUAUGAGCAGUCACAUUUCACAGUGGCGUUGUCAGGUAAGACUGGUUUCUGGUGGAUUGGCCUGCGUGCUCGAGGAGGCUCGAGUGGGGGGGUCGACUACAUCUGGGACAACGGGGCACUUCUGUCCUUCACCCACUGGGACAAAGAUCAGCCAGAUAGCGGGGAUGGCACCUGUGUGGCCAUGACAACGGGUCCGAUUGGUGGUUUCUGGGAUGAUAAGGAGUGCUUGGAGAAACACGCCUUCGUCUGUGAGAAACCCCGGCCCGACAUCACCCCCCCCACCAAGGCCCCGACUUUCCCUCCUUCUCAGGGCUGUGCCACAAGCUGGACCGCCCUGCCCCACUUCAGAAACUGUUUCAAGCUCUUCCACAAUGUGGACUGGUCCAUGAAGAAGAGCUGGGGAGCCGCUCUGGAGGACUGCGUCUCCAGAGGAGCUAACCUGGUGAGCAUUCACACCCAGGAGGAGGAGGAGUUCCUGGCUCUGUACAGCAAAGGCACCAGCAAGUGGAUCGGCCUCAAGCACAACCCAGCAGAAGGAGGUUAUUCUUGGAGCGACGGCACACCUCUCUCACACACUAACUGGGGUCACGGGGAGCCCAACAACCACGAGGGCCGUGAGGAGUGUGUGGAGAUGGUGAGCAGCACCAACGGGACCUUCUCUGAAUGGAACGAUCUGAACUGUGACGCCCACCAGGACUGGAUAUGCAUGAUUGCUAAAGGAAAGAACCCCAUCCUGCCCCCUGUGCCCCCACCUCCAGUCCCAGCUCCUGAUUGUGGCGCUAACCCCGGUUGGAGGAAGAACAACAACAUCUGCUACUACUACAACGACACCGACAUUGUUGACUUCCACACGGCCAUGAGACGCUGCUACGAAGAGAAGGCCUCGCUCGUCUCCAUCCUCAACAAAGACGAACAGGCUUACGUCAACACCAUGGUGGGGACCGGCCAGGUGGCUUCAGCUUGGAUUGGGAUGAGGAUGUUUGGCAUCACAGGUGGACAAUACAUGUGGGUGGACUUCUCCCCUCUCACUUACACUCACUGGAGUCCAGGUGAGCCCAACAAUGCCAACGGGGAGGAGCAGUGUGUUCACAUGAACCGACUUCAAGGUGGCUGGAACGAUGCAAACUGUGGUCGGGCCGGAGCAGGCUACGUCUGUAAGAAGUUCCCUGGAGAUAUCCACACCCCCCCUCCACCCACACAGCCCUGGGAGGGCAACUGCCCUGAAGGUUGGAUGCGUUUCAAAGACAAGUGCUUCAUGUUCAAAGGGAAGACGGGUGACAUUAAGGCCAACUGGUCUUUCGCUCGCAGCUGGUGCAAAGAGCAGGGAGGAGAUCUGGCCGUUAUCGAUGACCAGUACGAGAACGACUUUGUUUCCAGCUACCUGAGGGACCUCAAGCUUCCCACGUGGAUCGGCUUGUCAGAUCUCUUGUUGGAGAAUCAGUACGCCUGGAGUGAUGGGGUCAGCCCGGUGCUGUACACCAAUUGGAACGACAAGGAGCCCAACAACGCAGGAGGAGCGGAACACUGUGUGGCGAUUUCUCACAACCACCUGGUGACCGGCAGGUGGAACGAUGACGCCUGUCACAGGGAUCACAGCUUCGUCUGCUCCAGGAAGAAAUCGAGCAGCAUCAACCCUCCACCCCCGACCAAGGCCCCCUGCCCCACUGGCUACACCUCCUGGUAUCUGAACUGCUACAGGCUGGUGGAGGAGCCGGCCACCUGGGACGCGGCUCAGGCGGCCUGCCAGGACGAGGGAGGGAACCUGGCCAGCAUCGACAUGAGCUACGACCAGGCCUUCGUGGCCGGGGCCGUCCUGCAGGGCCGAGCCGACGCCUGGAUCGGACUCAGGCGCAAGGACGACGGCUCCUACAUGUGGACAGAUGACUGGCCAGUUUUCUUCACUCAGUGGGGACCAGGAGAACCCAGCAAUAUAAAGGACGAGGGCUGCGUGAGCAUGCAUGCUUCUCGUGCGUUCCACGGGACCUGGAACGACACCAAGUGUGACCAAGCUAAACCCUACGUCUGCAAGAUCUCCCCAGAGAAACCGCCGCCGACCCCUGCCCCUGGUGAUGGGAAGUGUCUGCCCUACUGGAUACCGUAUGGCCGCUACUGUUACUUUGUGUACAACCAGCAGCAGGGUUUCUCCUGGCCGGACUCCCUGCACUACUGCCAGGCCGCCAAGGCAGACCUGCUGUCGCUCCACAGCAGAGCGGAGGUGGAGUUCAUCAGGAACCUCAAUCACACCAAGUAUCACAACAUAUGGAUCGGCCUCACUAGGGACCGCAACUUCGGCUGGGGCUGGACGGAUAAGACGUCUCUGGGCUUCCUAAACUGGGCUGCUGGUGAGCCGAAUGCAGCCUUCCACCCUGGGGAGGUGGCAGAGGAGAACUGUGUGGAGAUGUUCCAAGACGGAAACUGGAAUGACAACAACUGUCUGCAAAAGAGAGGCUUUGCAUGCCGCCAUCGCCAAUACUAUACAACAGAUGAUGGCGGGAAUCCAGUUUUCCCCACUGAUGGUCCAGGAGGCAACAAUGCAGGGGUUAUAGUGGGCGCUGUUAUUGGAGCCAUUCUGUUCUGCAGCUUGAUCGCUGGAGUGCUGUUCUAUGUCUUCAGUGUGAGAGGGGUUAAACUGAGCGGCUUGAGUCUGCCAACAAGAACAACCGCUACCGUUGAUGUGCCUGCUUUUACCAACCCCAACUUCGGUGGAGAAUCGGACACAUAAACCAUCAUUUAUGUUUUGUACAGUUCAUUGAAAUUCCAUGUUUUUGUAAACAAAUCACUGAUAAUGUCCCUUUUCAGUAUAAAGAAUGCAAUAGGAUUCACCUCAUUUGUACAGUAUAUAUAUUGCAAUAUACUCAAGAUAUUAAAACUUUGUUUUCCUAUGUUGCACUUACAUUUUCCGUGCUCAGCUGUUGUUAUGUCUACAAUAAUUCAGUAAUUUUCCAUAUGCAAUUGACUGUUCAGGAGUUAUUUACUGACCUUUACAACCAAAUUGUGUAAUCUUGUUUUCUUUCUGAAAAUAAGAGUAAGCAGUAAUAAAUGAUAAGUUAACAAAAA